GUCGGGCAGACCGAGGACUGGAACAACAGACUCGUUCCUGCGGGAGGAAGCCGGAGGGAAGGUGAGAUUCUGCUGGGAGAAGCUGAUCUUAAGCCCGCAAAGAAACGCCAACAAAGAGCGUUCAAGGAAGUAGGCUGCUGCUCGGUGACGGUACCGUGAGUUAAGUAACAAAAUAGAAAGUAGGCUACGGCGGCGGACGCGUUCUCCACCAUGGCUUUGACUUUUCUGUUUUCUAUUCUGUUUCUGAACGUGGGGAUUUUCCGAGUAAACGGGCAGUACGGCGGCGGGGACCGAGGAAUGUCUAUACCGGAGCACGGCUUCUGCCAGCCGAUCUCCAUUCCGCUGUGCACGGACAUCGCGUACAACGAGACCAUCAUGCCGAACCUGCUCGGUCACACGAACCAGGAGGACGCCGGGCUGGAGGUCCACCAGUUCUACCCGCUGGUCAAAGUCCAGUGCUCCCCGGAUUUAAAGUUCUUCCUCUGCUCCAUGUACGCGCCCGUGUGCACGGUGCUGGAGCAGGCGCUGCCCCCGUGCCGCUCUCUGUGCGAGCGCGCGCGGCAGGGCUGCGAGGCGCUCAUGAACAAGUUCGGCUUCCAGUGGCCCGACAGCCUCGCGUGCGAGACCUUCCCGGUCCACGGCGCCGGGGAGCUGUGCGUGGGGCAGAACAUGUCGGACCGCGCCGAGCCGGACGGCCCCGGUCCCGGCCAGUACCCAACCGUGCGAAGCGAGCACCCGAGCGGCCACUUCAGGUGCCCGCAGUCGCUCAUAGUGCCCUCCUACCUGAACUACCGCUUCCUCGGGCUGGAGGACUGCGGCGCUCCCUGCGAGCCCAAGAGAUCUCACGGGAUGAUGUACUUCAGCGAGGAGGAGCUGAAGUUCUCGCGGAUAUGGAUCGGCAUCUGGUCGGUGCUGUGCUGUGCCUCCACGCUGUUCACCGUGCUGACCUACCUGGUGGACAUGAAGCGCUUCAGCUACCCCGAGCGGCCCAUCGUCUUCCUUUCGGGCUGCUACACCAUGGUGUCCAUCGCCUACAUCGCCGGGUUUCUCCUGGAGGACAAGGUGGUUUGCAACGACAGGUUUGACAACGACAUGAGGACCGUGGUGCAGGGCACCAAGAAGGAGGGCUGCACCAUCCUCUUCAUGAUGCUGUACUUCUUCAGCAUGGCCAGCUCCAUCUGGUGGGUCAUCCUGGCUCUCACCUGGUUCCUGGCGGCGGGUAUGAAGUGGGGCCACGAGGCCAUCGAGGCAAACUCGCAGUACUUCCACCUGGCGGCCUGGGCCGUGCCGGCCAUCAAGACCAUCACCAUCCUGGCCGUGGGGCAGGUGGACGGGGACGUGCUGAGCGGGGUUUGCUUCGUGGGCAUCAACAGCGUGGACGCGCUGCGGGGCUUUGUCCUGGCGCCGCUCUUCGUCUACCUGUUCAUCGGAACCUCCUUCCUCCUGGCGGGCUUCGUGUCCCUGUUUCGCAUCCGCACCAUCAUGAAGCAUGACGGCACCAAGACGGAGAAGCUGGAGAAGCUGAUGGUGCGGAUAGGGAUCUUCAGCGUUCUGUACACCGUGCCGGCCACCAUCGUCAUUGCCUGCUACUUCUACGAGCAGGCCUUCCGGGAGCAGUGGGAGAGGACGUGGAUCAGCCAGAUGUGCAAGACGUACGCCGUGCAGUGUCCCGUCCAGAGCCACCCCAACAUGAGUCCCGACUUCACCGUCUUUAUGAUAAAGUAUCUCAUGACGCUGAUCGUGGGCAUCACCUCCGGCUUCUGGAUCUGGUCCGGGAAGACCCUCAACUCGUGGCGGAGGUUUUACACGAGACUGGCCAACAGUAAACAGGGCGAGACCACGGUGUGAUGUGGUCUAACCCCGUCCCUCACACAGACUGCUUCGGGACAAACUGAAUGAUAAUCCACAUUAUUUUCUCGUGAUUUUUCUCGGACUUACAGAAAAUACUUGGUAUGGUUUUUUUUUAAUGUACAUAUACAUUUGUGAGAUUUUUGUAAGUAUAUAUUUGUAUUUAAAGAUUUUUUAAAACAUUUUUUUUUUUUUAAACACCUUUUUUCAUACUAUGGACAUAAUGGAAUUGUACUCACAAAGAGCCAGCUGACCCUCAGUGGUCCUGAGGUCCCAUGACCUGACUUACUGUGGACCCCGCUGGGAGUAGUUCACAUGGAGUGCUUGUGUCUUUGAUCAGUGGACUGCCUGUGAGAGCCGGGUCUAUUCUAAGCAGAGUCCCGUGAAACCCAAGUGCUUCCUCGUGGCUCCCCGUUAUCCCGAUUAACCCAGUGUAGUUUGUGUCGGUCGGUCUGAGGGGAAAUGCGGGACCAGAAUCCGUUGUGAAUGUGAGUCUUUGUGACAGAUGCUUGUGGUCUGUAGCUCGGGCCCCCGACAGUUCUAUCAUUCCUUUCCAAAUAAAGCACACACCGUUAUGCCAGGCUAGAGGACCACAGCGGUGUUUCUGCAUGUUUUAGUUCUGUGUGUCUUUUUACCAUAGGACCUCCUCUCAGGCAAUACUCUAAUUCUAAGAAAGUUUUUUUUUAAGAGAGCUCCAGUUGGUAAAUCUUCUUACAGACUUUUAAAAACUGCUUAAAGGGACAGUUCACCCAGAAAUCAAAAAUGCAUGUUUUACCAGCUGUUGAAAUGUCUCCAAUAUAAAACGGUCAAUAUCUCCAACCCUCUGCAUCUCAGACCCAAACAAUCUGGAAAGAUUAAUAGUGCUACAGGUAAGAGGGAAAAUACGUAGUUUUGAUCAUGGGGUCAACUGUCCCUUUUAAUUGUGCUAGCUAGUUACUGCUGCAUAAUGCAGAGUGAAGUGUGGAUCCAUUCCCGGCACAAUAAGACACCACGAUUACACACCUCUGACCAAAAUGAGAGCGCGUUAGAUGUUCGCUGAUGAAUUAACGGGCCGGUUCCAAGAACCUGGUUGGAAGGAAAAACACAUGAAAACAUAUGAAGUGGUUUUGGUGUUAAAUGGCCAGCUGUAUUGUAAGAGUAUAUGUACUACAAGGGUCUUAAACAUGCACAAAUACCGGUGUGUUCCUUUUUUUCAGAAAGUUAUUAAUAUGCAUUUGUGGUCAGUGAACUUGAAAUGAAACAAUCCGCCUGCAGUUGGAAUGCGAGUCAUUAAAAUACACAGCUGGAAGACAUGCAAAUCAAGUGUGUGUUCAAGCACAUGUUUCUGCAUACAGUGCCAUGUCAAUCAUUGGACAUCCUUUGGACUUUACAGUUUAUUUAGCCACCCAAUAAUCUUCCCUUAUUUUUCUAUUACAUGAAAGCAAUGAGAACAUUAGAUUUUUUUUUCACGCAAUCAGUUCAACUAAAUGAAAGGCCGUGUGAAAGUGGCUGCACCCUGUGUGUCACCAGAGAGGAGCAAAGACGAUGAGUUAUCCGUAAGAUGUUUGAAAGGAAAUGAACCAGAAACUAUAUUGAUAAUUGAGUCUUCACUUCAGUAACUCUGUCUGUUUUCUGACAUUAUUAAAGAAAAACAUGGUGUGAUUAAGUCUGUCAGUGAGGAACAUUUGCUCCAACCUUCACAUCUUCCUCUGCUCAGAUCUUGAUGUUUAGGUUGCAGCGGCAGGUUUUUUCUUUAAACAUGAUUUAGAGCUGUUUUCAUUUUUGACUUUUAAUGCCAGCAAAAACAAACUUCAGCAGGAUUUGAAUGCCCUCAGGGCGUAGCACGGGUUCACUUUUAGAGAGUGUGAGCAUAUUGUGGAAUGUGAAGCUUACGGACAGCUUCGUGGUCGAGCUAGUCCUGGUUCAGAGGAAACAUCGAGGCUCAUGGUACCUUUCUUUAUCUGAGGGUACGCAAGACUGAGUUGAGGUGAUAAUGUCAGAUAAUGAACAGUGAAUGCUACCGAUGUGUUUUAAUUCUGGUUAUCUUUUUAUUAAAGCCCGAUGGCACAAGGGAUAUAACUUUAAAAACCAAUAUUUUAUAAUUACUGCAACAUUAAUAGAAUCAUCAGAACACAUUGUACAAGUGCUGAAGGGGUGUCCAAACUUCCACACGGCACUGUAAACAGGCUCAUCUCUACAGUUGAUAGUGGAGGCUGUCUGUCUUGCACAUAUCAUACAUGUUUGUAACAAAGCCUAUUUUUGAUUCAUUUGUACAGGCACAUUUUUUAAAAUUUCUUUUUUACUUUUUUGAACCUGGAGCUUGGAUGUCUCCGUUAUUGUUGAGAGGAGACUUGAGGGUUGAUCCUGCGGAGUAAUGUGAUGGUGGUGAGCGUAGUAGCUCACCAGGCCAGCAGCUCGCAUGUCUUCGGCUGCAGGAGAAAGGAGGCCUUGUGAGGAGGCGUCGAGCGGCUGCUGUCAGUGCGGCCCGGCUCACGCACACAUCAGGACUUCUGUCAAACGCUCCUCCACGCUGUGCUUCCGGUUCAUAAUAAUCCUUUCAUUGGGCUGACAGCCUCUACAAUAGUUCGCAGCUUUGAAGUCAUUUCCUUUUGCAUUUGCUAUGAAGAGAACCUUUAUAUUUAUAGAAAAAAAAUCUUAUAUAUACACUACAUUGAUUGCUUUAUGAGAAUAAAAACAAUCUCACCAUUACA